AAUGGUUCAUUAAUAGCAGGAUUGGAUUUUAUCAACUGGGUUACAUUCCCAAACCAAACCUUCCAGAGAGUUAGAAUUGGCAAAAUAGAGCCCAUGGCUUCUCCCAAAGAAGACUUCACCAUUCAUGUGGAAGAAAUUCAGUGGCCCAGCCAAUUCAACCAGACAAAGCCUCUUUCUCUAUGUAAUGAUGUGUGUCAGCUGGGGACUAGUAAGGCAAAGAAAGAAGGAAAACCAUUUUGUUGUUAUGAUUGUUUUCCAUGUCCAGAAGGGAAAAUUGCUGAUCAGAAAGAUAUGGAUGCCUGCAUUCAAUGUCCAGAUGAUCAUUAUCCAAGCCCUACCCAGGAUUCAUGCAUUCCAAAGAAGAAAACCUACUUGUCCUAUGGAGAAACCUUGGGGAGAACUUUGGCUAGCUUUGCUCUUUGCUCUACUUGUCUCUCUGCUUUCAUCCUGGUCAUGUUUGUUAAAUACCAUGAUACUCCCAUUGUCAAAGCCAACAACCGGAACUUGACCUAUGCACUCCUUGGUUCACUUUCCUUCUCCUUCCUCUGUGCUCUCCUCUUCAUUGGCCACCCAGAGAAGCUGACCUGCCUAGUUCAACAAACUGCAUUUGGCACCAUCUUCUCAGCAGCGAUCUCUUGCAUCUUGGCCAAAACCAUCAUGGUUGUUCUUGCAUUUACUGCUAUCAAGCCAGGGUCCAGGAUAAAGAAAUGGGUGGGCAAAAGAUUGGCCAACUCCAUCGUUCUUUCCUCCUCACUAAUUCAAGUCAUCAUUUGUACUGUGUGGCUGGUCAACUUUCCCCCAUUUCCAGAUGUUGACAUGCAUUCAAUGGCAGAAGAAAUUAUUGUAGUGUGCAAUGAAGGUUCAGCUUUCAUGUUCUAUUGUGUUUUGGGAUUUAUGGGUUUCCUGGCCAUUGUCAGCUUUGUAGUGGCUUUUCUGGCCAGAAGAUUGCCUGACACGUUUAAUGAAGCUAAGUUUAUUACCUUUAGCAUGUUGCUGUUUUGCAGUGUUUGGAUAUCUUUUGUCCCAACUUACCUGAGCACCAAGGGAAAGUACAUGGUAUCUGUGGAAGUCUUUUCCAUUUUGGCCUCCAGUUUAGGAAUUCUGGGUUGCAUCUUUUCCCCCAAAUGCUACAUAAUUUUGCUGAAGCCAAAUCUUAAUACAAGAGAACAGCUAACAAGAAAAAUAAAAUAA